AACGUACCUAAUAUUAAACCGGAAACUGUUGAAAGUGUCACGUUGCUAUACAAUUCAGUAAUUAACCACGAUGUGUUAUGUAAUAGUUACUGUAGUGUUUUGCUAUUUACAACUGCCUGAAAUGCUUGUCUUUUUGUCCUUGCUAAGGUGUUUAUGCAACAUCCUACGUGGCCUUCACUUAGAUUAUCUUAAAAUCUUUUGCAGUUUAUGGGCGUAUAUAGCCUCUGCAAAUGACAUGGUUCGUGUCGGAGGGUGGAGAAACGGUGCGUGGAUAUGACAAGGCAUAACUGGUGACACGCGUCUCCUUUGAAAAUAAUCAGUCCACGAAUCAUUGGAGCUACCAUGAAUUGCGUUAAACUUUGGCUACGAGCGCCACAUUUUCGUUAUUAUUCGACUGGUUUGAGGGCUACGUAUCACAGAACGCUGGACAGAAUCGAACUUGCGCUUCCACCCAGACUGAGACCUCUGUACAAUCAUCCCGCAGGACCAAAAACGGUUUUCUUCUGGGCACCUGUUUUUAAAUGGGGUUUGGUUGUGGCUGGUUUUUCUGAUAUGACACGCCCUCCAGAAAAGCUGAGCGUCUCCCAGUCAUGUGUCAUCACUGCCACGGGCUUAAUUUGGUCAAGAUACUGCUUGGUGAUUAUCCCCAAGAACUGGGCACUCUUUGCUGUCAACUUUUUUUUGGGCCUAUGUGGUACCAUCCAGCUGAUCAGAAUCUGGAGGUAUAACCAGAUGCUGAAGCAGAAAGAAUCCAAGCUGCAGCAGUCAUAAAGGUACAAGAAGCAGAAAUAACAAAAUUAUUUUUAAAAAUAUUAUUAAUUAAAAAUAUUAGAGACAAAGAAGGUAAUGGGAUAAAUAGAAGAUAAAUAAACAGAAGAUAAAUUAGAGAAACGGGAGAGAUAAAUGGGAGAGGGAUUACAGAGUUCGGGUAAAUUAUAUGAGGUAAACUAGAGUUAGGAUAUAUAAUGUAUGGUAAAUUGAUGAAUUGUUUUCUUUCUUUGUUACUGUAAAUUCUAAGCGUUUGUGCACUUAUUUCAUUGUUUGUUGUAACCCUGGAGUCAUGAGUAUGAAGGAGAUGUUGCACUAUGCAAUAUUAAUUUACUGAUUUAAAAAAAAAAAAAAGAUGACUAAAGAUUAAAUGUAAUUAAAAUGUUUGUAUUUUUUAAUUAAUUUUAUUGCUUUGUAACAGCUGACAUAACUAAUAUUCUGAAUGCCACUUUGAAGUGCUAAUAAUGUAAUAAUAAUGUAAUAAUGUAAAGUGAAAUUCAAUUGAAACUCAUUUUAAAUUAAUUUGAAAAACUA